GUCACGUGACCGCUUCAGUUUCUCUCACUGCUGCGGCAGAUUCUCGCAGACACACCGACAACCUAAAAUCCCCCUUUUAUGAGGCAAAAGGAGUGUCGCUGUGUGAGAGUAGUGUUUUGCGCUUUACUGAGUGGAAUUGGGGUCUGUUUGUGGAGUUCGGGGGGCUGUUUUUGUCGUGUUUAAUCCUCUGAGGUAAUCUGGGAUUCUUGAGGCGGGAAUGAGAGAGAUGCGCUCGAGCGCUCACUGGACUUUCACUCUGUGAGGAGCAAACAGGUGAAGACAGCAGGAAAAUUCAGUAGAGAUGAGUGGCGAUUCGAGACCGGGGGUUGUGACGACCCCUCCGGCCCCCAGCGUGGGGAAAAGGGAGGGCUACUUCGACCGCAUCAACGAAAACGACCCUGAAUACCUGCGUGCACGCAACAUGUCACCAGAUCUGCGACAAGACUUUAACAUGAUGGAGCAGAAGAAAAGGGUCACGCAGAUACUACAGAGUCCAGCGUUUAGGGAUGAGCUAGAGGGACUGAUCCAGGAACAGAUGAACAAGGGGAACGACCCCACAGGACUGCUCGCUUUGCAGCAGAUCGCAGACUUCUUCAUGGCCAGCUCCGUAGCCGGCUUCUCCACCUCCCCCCUCAGUUUGCGCAUGGUGACCCCAAUAAACGACAUGUUCAGCAUGGAGUCCAGUACUAUGGUGAAGGGAGAGAAACAGAUCCGCUGCAAACUGGCCUGCCUCUACAGACUAGUGGACCUGUUCAGUUGGGCCCACUUGACAAGCUGUUACGUUACAGUUCGUGUCAGUAAGGAGCAGGAUCAUAUCAUCAUCAUCCCCAGAGGACUGUCCUUCGCUGAGGCCUCUGCGUCCAAUCUGGUGAAGGUGAAUAUUCUCGGUGACGUGAUCGAUCAGGGCUCCACCAACCUGCAGAUUGACCCGGCUGGCUUCAGCCCUCACGCUGCCAUCUACUCCGUGAGGCCUGAUGUGCGCUGCGUCAUUCACAUAAGCACACCGGCCACUGCUGCCGUGUCGUCUAUGAAGUGCGGCCUUCUGCCCAUCUCUCAGGAGGCUCUGAUCCUGGGUGACAUUGCCUAUUACAACUACCAAGGCAGUCUGGACGAGCAAGAGGAGCGCAUAGAGCUGCAGAAAGCCCUCGGACCAUCAGCGAAGGUGUUGGUUUUAAGGAAUCAUGGGGUUGUAGCUCUCGGCGAGACCAUUGAAGAGGCCUUUCACUACAUUUACAACGCUCAGUUUGCCUGUGAAAUACAGGUGAAUGCGCUCUCGUGCGCUGGAGGAGUGGAGAACCUGAUCGUCUUGGAUCUGGAGAAGUACAGAUCUCGGACGCAGGGGGUGGCAGAAGCCGGGGUCAACAUGGGCUCUCAGCACAAGUGGAGGCUGGGAGAGCUGGAGUUCGAGUCGCUCAUGAGAAUGCUGGACAACCUGGGUUACAGGACAGGCUACAUGUACCGGCACCCCAUCGUGCGGGAGAAGCCGCGGCACAAGAGCGAAGUGGAGAUUCCUGCGACAGUGACGGCGUUCAUGUUCGACGACGAUGACGCUCCACGCUUCCCUCUGAAGUUACUGCAGCAGCGACAGCAGAGAGAGAAAACACGCUGGCUCAAUUCACCCAACUGCUACAUGAAGGUGAACGUGUCGGACGGGGCGAGCGAGGAGAACGGACGCACCAAGACCAUGUGGAUGAAGUCCGAUGACGGUGGAAACACCAGCGGGACUCCGAUCCGCAUUGAAGAUCCCAACCAGUUUGUUCCUCUGAACACGAACCCCAGUGACGUUCUGGAGAGGAGAAAUAAGAUUCGUGAGCAGAACCGGUUUGACAUGAUGACAGCAGGGCCGCAGUCACAGCGGCUGGCAGGGAUUGUGGUGGAAAGACCGCCGCCGUACAUGGGCGAUGACGAGGAGCAGACGGGACCACUUCCUCCAAACCCCUUCAGCGAGCUGAGCGAGAAAGUGCUGCAGGACUACCAGAAACGAGCAGAACGGCAGCAGCUCGGAGUAGACGAUGAAGAGCAGCUCACGUCAGACGACGCUUCCACACUCUCUCAGUCAGUGUCUCCACAAAACACUCCCGCUAAAGAAGAGAACCACAGCGGCGUGAUGCUGAAUGGUAAAGACCAGCACUGCGACGAGGAUGAGCUGAUCAAGCGCGUGAGCCAGCUGACCACCAGCGUGGAAAGCGUCGAGAUCAGCGUGCGCUCGGGAGAGAAGAUCGAAGAGGCUCUGACGCCCGAGAGCUCACCCUCCAAAUCACCCAACAAGAAGAAGAAGAAGUUCAGAACCCCGUCCUUCCUGAAAAAGAACAAAAAGAAAGAGAAAGUGGAAGCCUAGAGGACGGAGAGCAUCCACGCCUGUCGCUUUGUCCAUCUUUGUUUGUCGUUUUACGUUUCUAAGUUUGGAGCAACAUCCGUUUUUAAGAGACGUGCCAUGAUUAUGAGUUUUAUACAGGAGGAGAAGCGAGGGAAACUCCUGGGAAACUGGCUUCUCUCACCUGAUAGACUGAAAAUGUUCUGAGUUUGUCUCGUUGAUGAGCCCAUACUGCAUUAUUUUUUUCAUACUGUAUGUUUAUUAGAUUCUCACACAGACCUUUUAUGAGCCCCUUUUCUAUCCGUCAUCUUCUCAUGGUGUCAGUUCUGCUUGCGUCAUUUCUCCAGCUGUAGGUGGAAUUGGUCACACUGCACAGGAAACGCUUAAAGAAUCACACUGGAAACCGUUCGGGGGUUAUAGUCACUCCAGUCUCCUCUCCGUUCCAUACGAAAACAUUUAACAGCUACAAAAAGCAGAGCAGUCACGUUUUAGUGAACAUCAACUCUUCAUCUCUUAUGAAAUAUUUUAGCUUUUUUUUUUAAAUUCAACCCAUUUAGUUUUUAUCCGUCCAGUUUUGUACACGUUUCUAUACUUUAACAACGAAAAAAAAACAAAAAACGAAGCAUGUUUUGCUAGUCUGAAUUUCUAUGGCUGAUAAUGUAGUGGUGCAAUCGUGUAAUAGCUCAGAUUACUAAACACAUGUAACGGAAAUAUAUCAAAACUGGAGUGAUGAGAUAUACAUGUAUAAAAUAUAAUAUUUUUGUGCUGCACUUUUUAAUGUGGUAUACAACAUAAAAAAAAACAUCUAUGGAUGAAGAUCUAAAGCGAAAGAGGCGCGAAACGAAAACAUGAGAAAUGUUUUAGCAUCUUGAAAGGGUGGAGAAGGGAAACUUGUUAACGUGUAAGGAAAAAAUAUAUAUUUGUAAACUGUAUUUUUGAAAAAAAGCAAAGUACUCGCUCUCAUGGGGUCAACAGUGGGUUCAAAUCUAUUCAGUGUAACUGAUUCCCAUCACAUCAGACAUUUAAGGUUCAUUCUGGGCCUUUAUAGUGCUACAUCAUUGAUUAUGUCACCUUAUGGUCAUCCCAUAACCAUCCAAAGCGUCAGUGUUACUAAAGUUUGAGAAACGCCGUUGUACAGUGUGUCUAAAACUGGACUGAUUUACUCAUCUUCCCUCCGCCACAUCCGGUUCCCGUGAGGUCAGAGGUUGCUCGAUUUGCCCGUUUCGAAGCGCCCUGUCCCACGAGAUGACGCUCCGUGGACAGAAUGUACACCAAAAGCUAAUCUCUUAUGGUUAAGAUUAGCAGUUUGACCUCAGUUUGAACUCCGUUAGGCCCGAAUAUGGUCGUCCCGUAGGGGGAAGAUGAGGAGGAACCACUGAGAGAGAGAGAGAGAGAUGUAUAUCCCAGUGGGCAAUGUGAAGUACUGGCUUGGGCACGGAGAGAGAGACAGACACUUCUAAGCUGUGUAAAUAGCAUGUGCUUUUGAACGCGGGCCAGGCGUUGGAUUAAAACGCAUUUAAAGCUGCACCGGGUGCGAGUUUGGAGCGAGAACUGGGGUAGGCGGGAAGAUUAACUCGUUUUAUUGCUUGGAAGUUUUCCUUAUUUUGGCUCUUUUUGCUUCGGUUUCUAUUGCGCAUUGCUGUUUUCAGGAAGUGUAGGAAGCGUUAACUGGAAUGUGCAUCACAUUCUCUUUUAUUUUUAUUGCUCGUUUUUUUUUUUUCCUUUUACCCCUUUUGACCAUUUUGCACCUUGUUUUACUAAUGCCUCUCUGUUAGUCUGUGGUUCAGAAGGCCUGUUUGCUUUGACAUGCGAGUUUGAGCCGAGCCUCUUUGUGACCUGUGAAAUCGUAUAUAAAUGGUUAUCUAACGGACUUGCUUUUAGAUGUAUUGCUAAUCAGUGUAAAUUCACAAAUAAACUAUUUUAAGAAGCAAA